CUCGUUUGCCCUCUGGAAACCUCGCGAGAGUCGAGUCCUCAAGACUUCUCCCAGUAGCCACCACUCUUUCUCUUCCCGUAUGCGGCCUUAGUGAUCUCUGAAAAUGGUUCGCUACUCACUUGACCCAGAAAACCCUACAAAGUCAUGCAAAUCAAGAGGUUCAAAUCUACGUGUUCAUUUUAAGAACACUCGUGAAACUGCCCAGGCCAUCAAGGGUAUGCAUAUCCGAAAAGCCACCAAGUAUCUGAAGGAUGUUACUCUACAGAAGCAAUGCGUGCCAUUCUGUCGUUACAAUGGUGGCGUUGGCAGAUGUGCCCAGGCCAAACAGUGGGGUUGGACGCAAGGUCGGUGGCCCAAAAAGAGUGCUGAAUUUUUACUGCACAUGCUUAAAAAUGCAGAGAGUAAUGCUGAACUUAAGGGUUUAGAUGUAGAUUCUCUGGUCAUUGAGCACAUCCAGGUGAACAAAGCCCCUAAGAUGCGUCGCAGAACUUACAGAGCUCAUGGUCGGAUUAACCCAUACAUGAGCUCCCCCUGCCACAUUGAAAUGAUCCUUACUGAAAAAGAGCAGAUUGUUCCUAAACCAGAAGAGGAGGUGGCACAAAAGAAAAAGGUAAGUUACUUAAUUUUAUUGCUGGGUUCCAUCUUUGGAAACUAAAUUUGUGGUUGCUGUGAUGAUUAACUUAGGACACCUUUGGAAUAACCAUGAAAGGAAACUUUUCUGAGCAACCUCUUUAACA